AAGUCAGUGUUUGGGUGGUGGGUCUCCACGCGCGUUCAACAUGCGUAUCGAGAAGUGUUAUUUCUGUUCGGGGCUCAUAUACCCCGGCCACGGCAUGAUGUUCGUCCGCAACGACUGCAAGGUGUUCAGGUUCUGUAAAUCCAAGUGUCAUAAAAACUUUAAAAAGAAGCGCAAUCCUUGCAAGUUCAGGUGGACUAAAGCCUUCCGUAAAGCAGCUGGUAAAGAGCUUACAGUGGAUAAUUCAUUUGAAUUUGAAAAACGUAGAAAUGAACCUGUCAAAUACCAGCGAGAGCUGUGGAAUAAAACAAUUGAUGCAAUGAAGAGAGUUGAAGAAAUCAAACAAAAACGGCAAGCUAAAUUUAUAAUGAACAGGUUGAAGAAAAAUAAAGAACUACAGAAAGCUCAAGACAUCAAGGAAGUCAAGCAAAACAUUCAUCUCAUCCGGGCCCCUUUUGCAGGCAAAGGAAAGCAGCUGGAAGACAAAAUGGUACAGAAACUACAAGAGGAUGUGGACAUGGAAGUUGUUUCCGACAAUCUUACUGUUUAACCAUUUCUAUGAGCGCAUUGGAAAAUCUCCUUCAGAGGCUUAGAUGUUCUAAGUUAUUCAUUUAUUUUUUACAUAAGGUGACUCAAAUGAAAAGGU